AUGUUGGAAUCAAUACCAGGAAAAGUAUUUGUUGUCGGUGUGGUAUGCCUCAUCUGCUUCAUUGCUUACUCAUCGCAACUAUGUAUAUUUAUACCUGUUUACGAAACAAGCGAGAGUAUCCUGCUAUUGGUUCCAUUUAAUAUUUUGGUGCUAUUUGUAUUUUACAACUAUUAUUUGGCUGUAACAACUGAUCCUGGCAAGAUUCCGACGAAUUGGGAGCCUCCUUCUUCUUUAAUAGCACCUGUAAUAGCUACAGAAGGCAUUACAGGUCCAAGAUAUUGCAAAACAUGCAGGACGUAUAAACCUCCUAGGAGUCAUCAUUGUAGAUACUGUAAGCGAUGUGUGCUCAAGAUGGAUCAUCACUGUCCAUGGAUUAAUAACUGUGUGGGGCAUGAAAACUAUGGCCAUUUUUUUCGGUUUAUCAUCUAUGUGGAUUUAGCUUGUGCUUAUGUCAUUACCUUACUAAUAGGUAGAGUAAGGGCUAUUAUGGACGCGAUCAGACAUUUUCAAGCAAGUAUAUUGUAUUUUGAUGCUGAGCCAAAUACGUUUGUGAUUGUGUUUAUGGUUGCCAAUUUUGUAUUAGCCUUUGUUGUCUUAUUCGCAGUGGGUAUCUUGUCUGGGUAUCAAUUUUAUUGUUUAUUGAGGAACCAAACUAAUAUUGAAGCAUGGGAAAGGGGAAAGGUAGAGACAUUGGUAAGAAGAGGCAAGAUUCUACCUAUAAACUAUCCAUUUGACAUUGGAAUCUACAAAAACAUCUGUCAAGUCUUGGGUCCUAACCCUCUCCUUUGGCUUUGGCCACAAAGAGCCGUCGGAGAUGGUCUUUCCUUUCCCGUCGUUUCAGGCACAGAUCCUCGAUUACCUUACUAUUGGCCGCCUCGAGACCCAGAUGAUUUACGGCCGUCGAUCUUUUCGUCUAAAUACAGAAGACAGCAAGAAGCUAGGAAAUUACUAGCCAAAAAUCCAGAUGCUAAUGUAGAUGAUGAAUCGGAAGGUUAUUAUGACUCAGGAAGCUUUAUAUCUGAAAGUGACGAGUAUGAUGAAGAAGUAGGCAUGAAGAACUUAACUGGCUUCUAUGACAUUUCGGCCACUUCUCCUGCACAUGAACAUAGUGAUGAAGAAAAACCCCUAGCUUAUUUUGCUAGGAAAAUACAUGGUAAUCCUGAAGAAAAAAAGCAAGAUUGA